UGCAGCACAAAUGCGUAACACGGCUACUGGGCUCCUAGCUCUACCUGCUGCUCUGUUCACUACCAUCUUUGCGAAGCCUGCCUACAGUCAAGACUGGCCUUACAACUUACCUCUAGGUGCAAAGUAUUAUCCUGAACACGAACACCAUAUCAGGCGAGACUUGGAAAUACAGCAAAAACUCAACCUGAACUCACCAUGUGGCAUACGAAAGAUGAGUGACAAUGAAGGCGAAAAAUUCUUUAUGGACUACUGGCAAUUCGACGAACAGACAUUCGACUCCACUGAGAUGGACAAGCUCCAAACCGCUCGACGCCCAGUCAGCUCUGCAGCACGGUUGUCGAACAUAUCCAACGUUGAAGAAUUGCUCCCACCACUGCUCUUGCAUGCAGAAUCUCAACAGUUUACUCCUAAUCACAAAUUCUUUGGUCGUAGCUUGUCCGAAAGGGCGUAUCAAUGCCCGACUGGGACUAACAGCUGCGCAUCGAUUGGGUAUCCGAAUAGCUGUUGUGCAACUGGCGAAACCUGCAUGUCUCUCCCGGAAAACGAUGGAGCAACAAUAGGCUGCUGUCCUGAAGGUGCGAGCUGCGGCGGGCAGAUCGGGUCGUGUGAUACCGCUGCUGGAUACACAAACUGCAAAAAUGAUAAUGGUGGUUGUUGCAUCCCUGGCUAUACAUGCCAGGGUAUUGGAUGCGUAUAUGCAUCAACCGCCACAACAACCACUACACUGCCAAUAGUCACUGUGACAACCGGGGCUUCAUGGUCGACGUUAUCUGAUAGCACGACCACCAAGACCUUCAUUAUUCCAGCAGGUUCUUCAUCGCAACCAGGAUCGAUCUGCACUACGACGACCACUCUAGUGAUCACAACUUCUGGCAACGCCAUGACAACGACAGUCGUUGAAACGACGACCAUCCUUCCAUCUUCGGCGGCAUCGACAACAUCGUUGAUCCCUUCGAUACAGACUAGCUCUUCGUCCUCAGGUCAAGGCCCACUAACAUGCAGUCCUGGUUUUCAAUCGUGCCCAGCGAGCCUUGGAGGCGGUUGCUGCCAUACUGAUCGAGCCUGUGGCUCUGUGACUUGCCCGCCACUAUCCACCGCUGCUCCGCCUGUUCUUCCAACGAGUGGAACUGGACCAGUCUCGACCUCCGCAUUGUCAUCGAACACUGAGACGCGCAGGACUACCUCAACGUCCAAUACUGUUAGCUAUUCUGGCUGCCCAACUGGGUUCUAUAUGUGCAGCGCAUAUUAUCUUGGAGGAUGCUGUCGAGUUGGAAGAAAUUGCGACACAACGAGUUGUCCUACUUCUGAAAGCACAGUGGUAGCCACCAACUCUGAACUGACAGUGAUGGCUCCUAGCGGUGCUAGCUCUGCAGCUCCGAGUGGAAAUUGUGCUAAUGGCUGGUUCAGUUGUGCAGCCAGUGUGGGUGGAGGAUGUUGUCCAUCUGGCUAUGGCUGUGGGGCCAGCUGUACAGCCAUGGCUAGCGGACAGAGUAAUGUUGGCAAGGGGUCGCCUAGCGAGGCAGCAAUUGCAAGAGCGUGCGAAUGGAUUAUUCUGAGCUUGAGCAUCCUCUCAGGUGUUGGAAUGAUCUUCUUA